CCCUGAUCUCUUUGUGUGUGUGCGCGCGCGCGCGGGGUGUGUGUAGUGUGCGAGGGGGAGAAAGAGGAGACGGCGUCGUGCGCACACGCUGCCUACACACAAGAAAACACGGAAAUAUAUUUAAAUUGUAUGUAUACCGUUACCUUAACUUAAAAAGAGCGACCCAAGUAUUGAUUGAUUGACAAAGUGCGCUCGGAGUUACUGGGCUGCUGUUUGUUUGGAAGAAUCUAGUUAAUCGGGUCGGAACUCUGGAUUAUCCGACAAACACAACUUUAUUUAGUUAGCUAAACUGUUAGCUAACUAAAUCUGAAGUUUUCCUGCCGUCCGCUAUGUCUGGAAGCGAGGAUGACAGAGAUGACUACGCAGCCCCCGAGGACCGGUUAAUGCACGACGACGAGGACGGCGAAGUCUCCGAGAACGAGGCGCCGAAGGUGAAGAAGAAGAAGAAGGCCAAGAAGAGCAAGGAGAGCAAAGGCAGCAAGAGGCGGUCGCGCAGAGAGGAGCUCCCCGUCAGCUCCCCGGAGCCCAUGGACAUGGUCGGGGCGGAGGGGGGCCACGGCCAGCACUCGGACAGCGAGGGCAGCGACUACACGCCGGGACGCAAGAAGAAGAGGAGGGGCAGCAGCGGCAAGGAGAAGAAGAGGAGCAGCUCCGGGGCCGAGAGGAGCAGCUCCAGGAAGAAGGAGAAGGAGAAGGAGCCGGAGCCCGAGGAGGACGACGACGACGACGAUGACGACGACAGCUCGGAGCCGAAGUCGUCGUCCCAGCUGCUGGAUGACUGGGGCAUGGAGGACAUCGACCACGUCUUCACCGAGGAGGACUACCGCUCGCUCACCAACUACAAGGCCUUCAGCCAGUUCGUCAGGCCCCUCAUCGCCGCUAAGAACCCCAAAAUCGCCGUGUCCAAGAUGAUGAUGGUUCUGGGCGCCAAGUGGCGGGAGUUCAGCACCAACAACCCGCUGAGGGGGGCAGCUGCCGCCAACGCUGCCCUGGCCACCGCCAACGUGCCGGCCGCGGUCGACACCAUGGUGGCAGAGGUGGCGCCGGUUGCCGUGGCUCCGCCGCCACCGCCCCCGGUGGAAGCUCAGCAGCCGCCGCCGCCGCCGCUACGCAAGGCCAAGACCAAGGAGGGGAAAGGUCCCAACGCCCGCAAGAAGUCCAAACCCACACCUAAACAACUAGAGAAGAAGAACAGCGCCAAGACGAAGAAGGUGGCUCCUCUCAAGAUCAAGCUGGGGGGCUUCAACAGCAAAAGGAAGCGCUCGUCGAGCGAGGAGGACGAGCCCGAAGUGGACAGCGACUUUGAGGACGGCAGCAUGAACAGCGUCUCCGUCUCCGAGGGCUCAAACAGCCGCAGCAGCCGCAGCAAGAAGAAGGCCUCCAAGAGCAAGCCCAAGAAGAAGAAAGAAGCAGAGGACGGGGACGGCUACGAGACGGAUCACCAGGACUACUGCGAGGUCUGCCAGCAGGGCGGCGAGAUCAUCCUGUGCGACACCUGCCCCAGAGCGUACCACAUGGUGUGCCUGGACCCGGACAUGGAGAAGGCCCCCGAGGGCACCUGGAGCUGCCCGCACUGUGAGAAGGAGGGCAUCCAGUGGGAGGCCCGGGAGGAGGCCUCGGAGGGCGAGGAGGACCUCGGCGACACCGGAGACCCGGAGGAGGACGACCUGCACAUGGAGUUCUGCCGGGUGUGCAAAGACGGGGGCGAGCUGCUGUGCUGCGACUCGUGUCCCUCGUCCUACCACAUACACUGCCUCAACCCGCCGCUGCCCGAGAUCCCCAACGGGGAGUGGAUCUGCCCCCGCUGCACGUGUCCAUCCAUGAAGGGGAAGGUCCAGAAGAUCCUGACGUGGCGAUGGGGAGAGGCCCCUCCUCCCACGCCGGUGCCCCGCCCCCCGGACCUGGCGGCCGACGCCCCCGACCCCAAGCCGCUGGCGGGCCGUCCGGACAGGGAGUUCUUCGCCAAGUGGUCCAACAUGUCGUACUGGCACUGCUCCUGGGUCACCGAGCUCCAGCUGGAGCUCCACUGUCAGGUGAUGUUCAGGAACUACCAGCGGAAGAACGACAUGGACGACCCGCCGCCCAUCGACUUCGCCGAGGGCGAGGAGGACAAGAGCGUGAAGAGGAAGGCCAAGGACCCCAUGUACGCUCAGCUGGACGAGAAGUACCUCCGCUUCGGCAUCAAGUUCGAGUGGCUGAUGAUGCACCGGAUCAUCAACCACAGUGUGGACAGGAAGAAUAACAUCCACUACCUGAUCAAGUGGAGGGAGCUGCCCUACGACCAGGCCACCUGGGAGGCCGACGACAUGGACGUGCCCGACUACGACACCUACAAGGUGCAGUACUGGAACCACAGGGAGCUGAUGAUGGGAGACGAGGGGAAGCCGGGGAAGAAGAUCAAGGUGAAGGGACGAGUGAAGCGGCCCGACCGCCCCCCCGAGAACCCCGUGGUGGACCCCACCAUCAAGUUUGAGCGGCAGCCGGAUUACCUGGACAGCACGGGGGGGACGCUGCACCCCUACCAGCUGGAGGGCCUCAACUGGCUGCGCUUCUCCUGGGCGCAGGGCACCGACACCAUCCUGGCCGACGAGAUGGGCCUCGGGAAGACGGUGCAGACGGCCGUCUUCCUCUACUCGCUGUACAAAGAGGGCCACUCCAAGGGGCCGUUCCUGGUCAGCGCGCCGCUCUCCACCAUCAUCAACUGGGAGAGGGAGUUUGAGAUGUGGGCCCCCGACAUGUACGUGGUGACCUACGUGGGGGACAAAGACAGCAGAGCCGUCAUCCGAGAGAACGAGUUCUCCUUUGAGGACAACGCCAUCCGAGGGGGGAAGAAGGCCUCCAGGAUGAAGAAAGACUCGUCGGUCAAGUUCCACGUCCUGCUGACGUCCUACGAGCUGAUCACCAUCGACAUGGCCAUCCUGGGCUCCAUCGACUGGGCCUGCCUGGUGGUGGACGAGGCCCACAGGCUGAAGAACAACCAGUCCAAGUUUUUCCGGGUGUUGAACAACUACCCCCUGCAGCACAAACUGCUGCUGACUGGAACGCCCCUGCAGAACAACCUGGAGGAGCUUUUCCACCUGCUCAACUUCCUCACGCCCGAGAGGUUCAGUAAGCUGGAGAUCUUCCUGGAGGAGUUCGCCGACAUCGCCAAGGAGGACCAGAUCAAGAAGCUGCACGACAUGCUGGGUCCGCACAUGCUCAGGAGGCUGAAGGCCGACGUCUUCAAGCACAUGCCCUCCAAGACGGAGCUCAUCGUCCGAGUGGAGCUCAGCCCUCUGCAGAAGAAAUACUACAAAUUCAUCCUGACGAAAAACUUUGAGGCGCUGAACACCAAAGGAGGAGGAAACCAGGUUUCUCUGCUCAACGUGGUGAUGGACCUGAAGAAGUGCUGCAACCAUCCUUACCUCUUCCCCACGGCCGCCAUUGAAGCGCCGAAGAUGCCCAACGGGAUGUACGACGGCAACUCGCUGACGAAGGCCGCCGGGAAGCUGACGCUGCUGCAGACGAUGAUGAGGAAGCUGAAGGCCGGAGGUCACCGGGUGCUCAUCUUCUCUCAGAUGACCAAGAUGUUGGACUUGCUCGAGGACUUCCUGGAGAACGAGGGCUACAAGUACGAGAGGAUCGACGGCGGCAUCACCGGCGGCAUGAGACAGGAAGCCAUCGACCGCUUCAACGCGCCCGGCGCGCCGCAGUUCGCCUUCCUGCUGUCGACGAGGGCCGGCGGUCUGGGCAUCAACCUGGCCACCGCCGACACCGUCAUCAUCUACGACUCCGACUGGAACCCCCACAACGACAUCCAGGCCUUCAGCAGAGCUCAUCGUAUCGGGCAGAACAAGAAGGUGAUGAUCUACCGCUUCGUCACCAAGGCCUCUGUGGAGGAGAGGAUCACUCAGGUCGCCAAGAAGAAGAUGAUGCUGACUCACCUGGUGGUCCGACCUGGUCUCGGAUCCAAGACGGGCUCCAUGUCCAAACAGGAGCUGGACGACAUCCUGAAGUUCGGGACGGAGCAGCUCUUCAAAGACGAGUUCGACGGCGGUCUGGGUGAGAACAAGAACAAGGAGGAGGACAGCAGCGUCAUUCACUACGACGAGAAGGCCAUCGACCGCCUGCUGGACCGCAACCAGGACGCCACGGAGGACAAGGAGCUGCAGAGCAUGAACGAGUACCUGAGCUCCUUCAAGGUGGCUCAGUACGUGGUCAAAGACGAGGAGGAGGAGGAGGAGGAGGUGCAGCGUGAGAUCAUCAAGCAGGAGGAGAGCGUGGACCCCGACUACUGGGAGAAGCUGCUGCGCCACCACUACGAGCAGCAGCAGGAGGAUCUGGCCCGCAACCUGGGCAAAGGCAAGCGCAUCCGCAAGCAGGUGAACUACAACGACGGCUCCCAGGAAGACAGAGGUAAGAAUGGAGCCGACUGGCAGGACGACCAGUCCGACGGCCAGUCGGAUUACUCUGUGGCGUCCGAGGAGGGCGACGAGGACUUUGACGAGCGAUCGGAAGCCAACUCCCGCCGGCCCAGCAGGAAGGGCCUGAGGAACGACAAGGACAAGCCGCUGCCCCCCCUGCUGGCCAGGGUGGGAGGCAACAUCGAGGUGUUGGGCUUCAACUCUCGACAGAGGAAGGCCUUCCUGAACGCAGUGAUGCGUUAUGGGAUGCCCCCCCAGGACGCCUUCACCACCCAGUGGCUGGUCCGGGACCUGCGGGGGAAAUCUGAGAAAGAGUUCAAGGCUUACGUCUCUCUCUUCAUGCGUCACCUCUGCGAGCCCGGCGCCGACGGGGCCGAGACCUUUGCCGACGGCGUCCCCCGGGAAGGGUUGUCGCGGCAACACGUUCUCACGCGCAUCGGCGUCAUGUCGCUCAUUCGCAAGAAGGUCCAGGAGUUCGAGCACGUGAACGGCCAGUGGUCGAUGCCCUGGAUGGCCGAGCUGGAGGAGAGCAAGAAGGCGGCGGCGGCGGGUCAGCCCGACUCGCCCGGGAAGACGCCGUCCACCGGCACGCCCGCCGACACGCAGCCCAACACGCCCGCUGCGGGUGACGACUCUGCCUCCUCAAAGAUGGAGGAGGCGGCGGCGAAGGACCCGGAGGAGGUGAAGAAGGAGGGCGGCGAGGCGGAGAAGAACGGCAAAGAGGUCGACGAGGUGAUCGCCAUCCCAGAUGACGACGAAGACGAGGAGGAGGAAGAGGAGGAGGAGAAGAGCCCGGAGCCGGAGAGCAAGAAGAACGGCGAGGAGCCGAUGGAGACGGACGCACCCAGCAACGGGGAGGCCGACAAGGAGAAGCCGACCGAGGAAGGGACCAAGAGUCCGGAGGCAGGCGAGGAAACAAAGUCCACGCCGGAGGCCAAGGCGGAGGGGUCAGAGGUCAAACCAGAGGGCGCCGAGGUCAAAGAAGAAAAGAAAGAAGAAAAGAUGGACGUCACGCCGCCUGCAGAUGAAAAGAAAGCCGAUCUGAAGGAGGAGAAGGAGCCUCUGAAGGCGGAGGAUGCCACCAAACUGCAGAACGGAGACGGCAGCAAAGAGGGCGGAGCAUCGGCCGCCGCCCCCCCUCUCGCCGCCUCCACCACAGCAGCAGUCAUCGCUGCCGCCGCCAGCGAGGAGAAGAAGAAGGCAAAGAGCCGGUUCAUGUUCAACAUCGCUGAUGGAGGAUUCACAGAGCUUCACUCCUUGUGGCAGAAUGAAGAGCGCGCCGCCACGGUGACCAAGAAAACCAACGAGAUCUGGCACCGUCGCCAUGACUACUGGCUGCUGGCUGGCAUCAUACAACACGGCUACGCCCGCUGGCAGGACAUCCAGAACGACGUGAAGUUCGCCAUCCUCAACGAGCCCUUCAAGGGGGAGAUGAACCGGGGGAACUUCCUCGAAAUCAAGAACAAGUUCCUUGCCAGGAGGUUCAAGCUGUUGGAGCAGGCGCUGGUGAUCGAGGAGCAGCUGCGUCGCGCCGCCUACCUCAACAUGUCAGAGGACCCCUCGCACCCCUCCAUGGCCCUCAACACGCGCUUCAGCGAGGUGGAGUGCCUGGCCGAGUCGCACCAGCACCUCAGCAAGGAGUCCAUGUCCGGCAACAAGCCGGCCAACGCCGUCCUGCACAAAGUGCUGAAGCAGCUGGAGGAGCUGCUGAGCGAUAUGAAGGCGGACGUCACCCGCCUCCCGGCGACCAUCGCCCGGAUACCGCCGGUCGCCGUGCGGCUCCAGAUGUCCGAGCGGAACAUCCUGAGUCGGCUGGCGAGCCGCGGCCCGGAGACGCAGACGCAGUCACAGACGCAACAGAUGUCACAGCAGUAGACUGGAACUCUGCACUUCACCUUGGAGGAAAAGCCCAGCCUCACCUCGACAUUCCUGAUUGGUGCACAGCAGAAUGACGGACAGCGCGCUCAAGCUUGAAGCCACACCCUGUUCUACCCCCCCCUCCCUCCCCCCCUUCAAAAAACAGACUUUAAACAAAAGUUUUUCUGGAGGCUCGAAUCCCUUCCCCAAAGUUUGAGGCCGUGGACAGAAAGCUAUUUUAUUUUUUUCCUCCUUUUUUCAAUUUCUGUAUUAAUAUUAUUGAUAUAAUGUUAUUAUUAUGGUUUUUUGGGACCUAAAUAAAAAAAAUAAAAAAUAAAAGU